AUGCGUCCCUUCGACCAUCCCAGGUCCCAAGUCGGUGAGAAAGAUGAUGAUGAGAACAACUCAGGGUCAGAAUCAGGAUCCACGACGUCAUCCGGAUCCAACGAUAUUUCGCAAAGUUCUAACAGUUCGUCUCCACCGAGUUCGGCAGGCACGAAAAAGCAGCACCACCACUAUCAAAAUAGGAAGGCAAGGAAAAAGGGGAGGCGAGAUUGGAGGCCAAAGCUAGAAAACCGUUCCAAUUCCAAUGUUCCGAACGGUGGUGACACAGGAGGUCAAAGUUUAUUAAGCGACACUCACCUAAUUACAAACGGGUUUAGUCCUUCCGCCAGAGUGAAAAGUGUGCUUAGCAAGAAUCACGAGAGUAAUAAGAUUUCAAAACAACGGGGUAAAAAUAAGUUUCCGACGACACCAACGCCUAAAAUUCUGAACCGUAAUAACAGCAAUAAUAAUGAGGGUGAACCUGAACCCAUCAUUUCAGCCGCCUCGUCCACGAUGGCACCCUCCUCUAAAAAAGGUCACGGAAAUAAUAAGUUGAGUUUGGCCUCCACGGAGGAUUUGGACUUGGUGGACUACGAAGACUUGGGACCUUCAACGUCCCUGUCGUCAUGUUCGUCCGCCACGACGAGUGACGAAAAUGAGACGAACGUCAAGAACUUUCACCAUCAUCAUGAUCCUUCUUCUUCUAAAAUAGCGUCAUCAUCUCACUCCCAAAAUGUUACACUGUUUGAUGAAGUCUCUUCCAAAAAGGAGUACAUGAAAUUGGAUGGAAGUGCAAGUUUUGGUGCUUGGAACAAAAGUGAUGUAAAUAAAUCCAGUAAAAAUAAUACUACAAAUUUCGUAAGUAAUAGUGACUUCAAUGCGGUCGAAGAUAUUGAAAACGUACCAUGUUCAUCUUCAUCUCUGAGAGAAAGACUAAGUUCGCAACGGUCUAGAAAUAAUUCAUCGACACCUUCAACGUCAAAAUCAAUAACGAAACCUUACAGCAUAGAACCCGGAAUGGUUCCUGUCUACGAGGACACGACGACCUUUAUUAUACAUAAAAAUAAUGACGACAAACCCCAAACUUCUACAGGUGAUUACAAUAAUUCAAAUAGUCUCGAUAAGCUAAGUUUACAACGUGUCGACGAAGGUGAAAGUGAGGAUAAGUCGUCGUCGCCAGAUAAGUAUUUGAAUUCCGGUGUGGGUCGCCACUUUGGGAAGAGGAGGACUCCUUCUUCCAACAGUUUGACUGAUGGAGAAAACUCUGGUGGGGAGGGUGGUGGUGGGGGGACUGGAGGGUCGGAGGGGGGUUGUGGUACAGAGUGUUUAAACUACUUUUUGAGAUUCAAGGCGGUCACGAUCGUCUUUUUAGGCACAAUUUUCGUCCUUUCUAUCUCUUCCCUUCUCUUUGUCUUUCCUCUCGUCGUGGAUCCUAUCUUGUACGGACUGGAGGCAGAGUUUUCACUUCAUCCGGUUAAUUGCAUAACAACGAAUCUACGCAAAGGCGUAGGUCCAGUGGAAUGUUCGCUUCCAUCGUGUCGUGCCGGGUGUACGGCUGACCUUUUCCUUUGUACCUUUAUCGACGUGCAAUAUUCAUACUAUGUUGACUCACAGCUCAUUCUUUCCUCUUCUUCUUCCACAUUUCCUCCUCCUCCUCCACUUAUAAAUGGUAGAAGCAUCGAACAAAUUAAUACCUCCACGAGUGACACAAAUAGUGAAAAUACGAAUAGUAAUGACAACAACAGUGCGUUCAACUCUAGUACAAUUUUGGUCACAAAAAAUGGAACGCUUUACAUCAACAUAAACGGGUGUGGCUACCCACCGAGUGUAAACUGUAGCGAAUUUUACCACCAAUAUGGCACCAUCGGGACGGAGUUUGGGUGUUACUACAGUGCACGAAAUGACACCAUUUUGGUCCCUUAUUAUAACCAUGAUCUCGAAAAGUAUCACCUUUUUAUCGCAAUUCUUAUCCCCUGCGCUAUCGCGGCUAUUUCCGCCUUCAUUUUAUUCCUCUUGUUAAAAUGUGUCAAUUGUAGUAAGGCAAAUCGAGCCAUGGUUGUCAACAAGUCGACGUCUCAGCUCAAACUUUUAGACAAGGAUGAGACCUCUUUGGCGAGUAGUAGUGCAACUGGGAAAAGUGCGAAGAAAGUGAGAAAUAAAAAGUGGAAUAAUAUGAAAAAAGACAAGCAAAUCAGUAAUAAUAAUGGUGUAAAGAAGAUGAAUGGUGAUGUUGGGGGAGGGGAAGGACCUUACAUGAACGGAUCACUUCCCAAAGGAAAUGGACACGCGUUUCAAAACACGAUCGGCGGACUAAUGGGUAUCAUGUCGCCGACCAAGUUGCAAAAAUCCAUCGGCAAUCUGCCCCAUCAACACGACAGCUUUGACAAGAAACCGUACUCGAACGGGUCUCCGAUGAUCGGACAAAUGCAAAUGAGAAGACCGAGAUACAUCAAGAAGAAUGAAGUCAGUAAUGGUAACAAAGGUCCUAAAGGAAAGCCGCCCUUGACGAAUUCUUCCUCGGGCGAAGAUCAACAACUUUUCACCCCAAGUCCCAACAAUAUUAAGGAAAGUACUAAAAAACUUGCGGAACAUAAGAUGUAAUUAUGUUUAUGUAAAUAUUUAUUAUGAAUGCGUCAUUUCAAGCGUUAUUUCGUAAUCCUACUACAAUUUUAUGUAUUUUUGAAAAAAAGUUUUCAAAGACAUUGUGAUAUAUACGAGUAUAUACGUAAGUAAAUAAAGUUUUUUCCUGCUUGGAGGAAGCAACAAUUUUUUGCAUUGUCAUUUUAUACUG